AUGAAUAUCGAAAGUAAAGAAAUCGGAAGAGUAGCGACUAGAAUAGUUGAAAUUUUACGGGGCAAAGAUAAAAAAAACUUUUUGCCUAAUUCAGAUUUAGGUGAUUAUGUGGUUCUGAUAAACGCCAAAUAUGUUUCCUUUACUGGCGAUAAAUUGGGUAAGGAAUAUUAUUACAAUCAUUCGGGUUAUCCCGGUGGAUUACGGGAAAGAAGUUUAAAAUUUAUAGUUGUGAUAAAUAGUAAUUAUUAUAUUGGAGUAGGACGACGAAAAGAAGCAACUGCUCGUGUUUACUUAAAAGAAGGUCAAGGACAAGCCCACAUUAGAACCAAAACCGGUCAGGAAAAAGAUUUAAAAGAUUAUUUUUAUAUGGAACCCUCUUUAUGCGAAGAUAUUUACCAACCGCUCAAAUUAUUUAGCAAACAAAAUGAUUACGAUUUACUAAUCAGAGUAAAAGGCAGUGGGUUUCAUAGUCAAGCCGAAGCCAUUAGAUUAGGUAUUGCUCGGGCGUUAUUAAAAAUCUCGCCCGAAUAUAAAAUAACUCUGAAGAGUUUUUCCUUACUGACCUGCGAUGCUCGCCGAGUAGAGCGAAAAAAAGUUGGUUUCAAAAAGGCUCGGAAAAAAACUCAAUUUUCGAAACGGUAA